CAAACGAUGAGAACGAGGAGGAGAAGAUGAUAACGGCCUUAACCUGCAAUGCUUGCUCAACCCCGAUAUCCCCUACUGGGACCCGUGUUAUCUGCCGCGUCUGCGCAAACUACGACAUCUGCAGUAGCUGCCAACUCUCGGCUGCUUCUCGGACUCCGACGAGGUGCAGCACGAAACCCUAGUUCUCUACCCACCCACCAGCAUCUCCCGGGACUAUCGUACCAUGUGCCUCCAGCUCUUCCACCCCCGCUCCCUCCCCGCUCCCACAACAUUGAGGAGACUAGUCCGUAUCUGCGCCCCACCCCCCCAGCGACCCGCAUCCCCCCACAUCCCCCCACCGCUGCGAGCAAGCUCCUAUCGAGCAACAACGCCCCAACAAGGCGCCUAAAGGACCGUUCGGAUGGGGUCUUCGCAUACCGCCUACUAAACCCCGGCCAGAUCUCGAAUUUCUGCGAACUCGCGGGGAAACCGCUCAAGGAGAACCCGUUCGGCGUGCGGGUCAACGAAGCAGAUAGUACUAGUAGUAGUCCCGACAACAAUACAGAUGCCGGGGUCGCGCAUCUCUACAAUCGCCUGGGAAUCGAGUACUCACUCAUCACACGCGUCACUGAAGGCGUCGUCUCACAGGUGGCGAUAAACCACAUGCCUGUGCUCGGCCACCGCGGUUUCAGGCAGCUCCCGGUCCGCGAGACACUGGAGGACCCGGGGCACGCGCACUCCUUCUUCGGGCGGUUGGUGCGCCCGGCGAUAGUUGACGGUAGACGGGCGUUCGGGGAAGUAUCCUGGGGAAUGUUCCCGGCGGAGCUUGACCCGGCCUUCGCGACUACGAGUGAGUUAUCAGCGCGCGUAGGGGCGCUCGUUGCCGGGUUGGGGAGCGGGUCCUGGCACAGCGGGAGGCGGAGAUUGCGCAGACGCACAGGGCGAGUUUGGGGGCCAUCUGCGCGGUCCAUGAUCAGAAUUUGGCUACUUUGCACUAUUUUAACCAGCUCUCGCAGGUGACCCGGGAUAUCGGGAAUGUAUUCAAGAACAUGUAAUAAUGGGCUGCUCG